AAUUUCAAAAAUGAUGAAAAAAAAAAUUGUUUCUUUAUUUCUUUUACUUGACAGUUUUAAAUCUCUGCCAACAGAAUUAAAACAAUGGAUGUGGCAUCAUCUUCUGGUUCAGAAAUAUUAUUUCCAACUUUUUCUGCUGAAACAAUUGAUAAGAAUACUGAAAUCAGAAAAAUAACAGUACAAGAUGCAAGCCAAGAACAGAUGUCUGAUCCAAAAUUAAGCCAGUCACAAAUGACACUUCCAGACAUUACUAAGUCACAAACUACCAUCCCAGACAUAAACCAGUCACAAAUCACCCUUCCCAACAUAAGUUUAUCACAAAUGACACUUCCAGAUAUAAACCCGUCGCAAAAUGCAUUUUCAGAGACAUGCCAGUCACAAGUAAUUCUUCCUGAUACAAACCUGUCACAAAUGACUCUUCCAGAUACAAACUUGUCGCAGUUGACUCUUCCAGAUACAAACCUGUCGCAGUUGACUCUUCCAGAUACAAACCUGUCACAGUUGACUCUCCCAGACACAAACCUGUCGCAGUUGACUCUUCCAGACACAAACCUGUCGCAGUUGACUCUUCCAGAUACAAACCUGUCACAAUUGACUCUUCCAGACACAAACCUGUCACAGUUGACUCUUCCAGAUACAAACCAGUCACAGUUGACUCUUCCAGACACAAAUCUAUCACAAGUGACUCUACCACUUACAAACCUGUCACCAGCUACCCUUACAGAUUCAAGGAAAACAAAAACUGUUGAUUCUAAUUUUAACGAGACCAAUUUCAGUUUUAAAGAAUCAAGUCAGUCACGGGUCCCUCUAACACAGCCAGCCGGCCUGUCCCAAACGAUGACUGUUCCACCUUCACAGAUGGCACCAACAACUGGUCGUCAUAAAUUUCAAGAGAUCCAAAACAGUCAAUGUCACGUUACUCUAUAUCCUGGCCGAAAACAUUCUACAACACAAGGUUCCAUCCUUUUGACAGAACCUCCUGAUUUCGACCCCUAUAGCUUCACCGAAGAACCUGUCGUCAAAAGCCAACAGACACGCAAUGCUAAGUCAAAGCAUUUUCAAACAAAACCAAAAACAGUGAGAGCCAGUAUAGUGGAGGUUAAAAAACUUCACAAGAUUAUACAGCAGCAACUGUUAACUAAAUCCUAUUCUAACCUGACAAAUCUUCUACUAACAUCACAAGAAAAAUUGUCAGAUAUUAAAAAAACGAAUUCAAUCACUUGUGAACUGUUGAAACAACAGGGCUUGCAAAUGAACCACACUGCAAAAUCAAAAGCCAUUCUCCUUAAAAAAAUCAACACUCUUAAAAUUCAGCAGAGAACAUUAAAGUCCCUAUUUGACUCUCACAAUGCAUUUUGUCGAAUUGCUAAGGAAAAACUGAAUCUUCCAUUAUGUCAUCGGCCAAAGACUACUGAAAUAGCGUCUUCUAAGACUACAGAGCCUCCAGCAAAUGACUCGCUUGUAGAUGUUGGUAAGAACCAGUCUGAUAAAACCAGUACAGUUUGUUCCAUGAGUCUACCUUCUAAACAUGUUAAAAUUACAACAGAAAACAGAGCUGAAAUUGAAGGCAACAAACGGCCAAUCGUGAAUGUUAACACAAAUGUUAUGGAUCAGUAUUCCAUAGAAGAGCAGCAUUUGCAGCUAAAUCUCCAAGGUAUGAUGCCAAACCAGGUUCCCAAAAUCUCUAAGAAUAUUGUCAAUCUGCCAACGAAUCAAGUGAACAGUUCAAAUCCAAACAAACUUAAUUCUUCAUUUAUAGCUCCAAAUUCAAAGAACUCUUUGCCACCUUUGUCUGUAGCUUCCAGUGAAGAUUUCCCUCAAAUGACAAUUCCACCGUUCUUGGCACGGCAACAGACUUCAGUCCCUGGUGAGAGCAAUCUUAACAGUCGACAGAAUAAAAGUGCCGUAAAGAAACUUGUGUCAGAGGAGAAUCAGAGAAAGAAUCCCUUAACGAAUUCAUCAGCGCCAAACGAAUUGAACCAACCCCAGAAUACAAUAUUUACUCAAACACCAAUAGUUGAGACUCUACAUAAUGCUAGCAGCAUAGACAUGUCCAACAACUGGAAGAUCACGGCUAACUACAGCAAUACACUGCGGUAUAAGAACCGCUCCAGGAUUAAUUCGACUCUGAACAUUAGCCAAGAACAUGCUUAUUCUUCCAGAGAAAACAGCAAAAGCCAUAAUGGUAUUUACCAAAAAGAUGUUGUUAAAGUUUUAUUGAUAGAAGACAGUGAAUUCACUCCGAUAUCAGACGUAUUUCCUUCUUUGCAGUGGUCCAAUCUCAAGGACUGCUUAUUGCCUUCUUUUUUAUUUGAAGACAUCAAUGAAUGGCCAGUCAAGUAACUUCAAGUUAUCUUUCAUAUAUGUGUGUAUAUAUAUGUAUAAUGUAGUGGUUUGGAAAAAGAGACUGAUGAAAUAAGAACC